CGUGUGCUCCACGUGUUUCUUUGGGGGUGACUACAAAGAGAACCAAAAGCAAAGAGAGAAGAACCAUUAAGGCAAGCUUGAAGGAGAUAAAGAGGAAUUUAUAUAUACACAAAGUGGGAAGAAAGCUAGACAAACACAUUGGAAGUGUUUCUGAAGAGAAGAUGAUGGGAAGACAAGAGAAGAGUAGCAGUUUCUCUGUGACUUGUAACCUCUUGAGCCAGUACUUGAAGGAGAAGAGGACUUUUGGUGAUUUCAUGGCUCCUCUUGUUCCCAAAGAAUCAUUCAAACCACCAGUCACUAUGAGUUUGUUGCCUGGAGUGGUUGUGGAAGAAGAAGAAGAAGAAGUAGUUGAAACUAAAGAGGAAGAAAUCUCAGAACAAAAUGCCACUAAAGCAAUGGAUUUGUUCCCAAAACUCAGUUCCUCUCAAGACCCUGUUGCUAAUAAAAGCUCAUUGGAGAAUUCUCCGUUGACGAUAAUUUACAACGGAAAGGUCUUAGUUUUCGACAAUAUCCCGGCAGCAAAAGCCAAGGAUCUCCUGCAAAUGGCAAACAAAGGAUCCAUUGCAGCACAGACCAACAUUCCGGCCGCCUCUGCCGUCCAAAACACGCCUAAUCCCGUCCGGUGUCCCAAUUGCAAGAAGGGCAUCCCUACAUAGGUUUUUAGAGAAGAGAAAAGAAAGGAUUAAUUCCAAGGCACCAUAUCAAGUGAAAGAUGAUGAAUUUUUUGCCUCUAAAUCAAAGCUUAAAGAUGGAGGAGAUGCUUGGCUUGGCUUAGGCUCCAUU